AUGUGUCUGGCGAGACAGAAGGAGCGCGCGAUGCUGCUUCUGCUUUUGGCUGCUCUACUGAGGCAGACAGCAGACGCUUCGCAGCUCUCUACGCCCUCGUCAGCGGCAAAGAACGUCGGCCCUCUGCCUGUACCUGCUUUUAUCUCUCGCCCGCAUGGCAUCCAUGCGGCAACGCCGGGAAGCUCUCAGGCAUCUGCCUCACUACAGCAGCAGCAGCCACAGCAGCAACGGGGAUCCUCUGCAGACUUCCUAAGGGCUAGAGCCCCCCGCAGCAGCCGUCUGUUUGCGCAGUCCCAGGAUGGCUCUCGCCGUCCGCGCAUAUUGUGCACGGGCUUGGGCGUGGUGAGCGCUGCUGGAAUUGGUGUUGAGACCUUCUGGAAUAAUUUGCUCAAGGGGGUUAACAACGCCGCCAAAGUUUCCGCGUUCGACGCCAAAGACAUGGCCAGCCAAGUGGCCUACGAGAUAUCAUCCGAUGCUUUCGACCCUAAACAGUACUUUAGAGAGCCUAAAGACGCCAAACGGAACGACAGAUACACCCAAUUCGCUGUUGCUGCCAGCAAGUUCGCUAUGGAAGACGCGGGUCUUGGCUCUCUGGACGGUAUCGAUAUGGAGCGUUUUGGGGUUGUCAUCGGCUCCGGCAUUGGGGGCCUAGGCUUCAUGGAGCAGCAAAAUAGAGUCCUACUCAACUCGGGGCCCCGCCGUGUGUCCCCUUACCUCAUUCCUGCCAUGAUUGCAAAUACCGCACCUGCCCAGGUAGCCAUUGAAAUAGGAGCCAAGGGACCCAACCACGGUGCUGUAUCUGCUUGUGCCACAUCUGGACACGCCAUAGGCACCGCAAUGAGGCUUCUCCAGUCUGGUGAUGCUGACAUUGUCCUGUGUGGUGGCGCUGAAGCUUCAAUAACCCCCCUCUCGUUUGCGGGCUUCAACGCCUUGAAGGCCCUCGCGCUGGGCUUCAACGACAGACCAAAAGAAGCAUGCAGGCCUUUCGACAAAAAUCGAUCCGGAUUUGUAAUGGGAGAAGGCGCAGGGUACGGUGCUUCAGCUGUGGGCGCUGUCCACGUUAGUGCUGCAACAGGGUUGGAACAACUUGUAGUGCUGUUGCUCUUUGCGUUGCUGGAAGCUGCAGCAGGGGCCUAA